AUGCUGCACCCAGUGGCACCAAUACCCACCCUGAUCCCCCGUGGAGGCUCCUCCCUCAGCUCUGGGGACCCUCAUAUAGCAGAGAGAGCUCAGCAGCACCCACAUCACUGCCAGAGAGCUGAGACGCUGCGAAGCGCUGGGAUGAUGAAGGCCUUCAUCCUCUUCCUCGGGGUGGGAAUGGCCUUGGGCUCCCUAUACACGGACCCCGACUCCUGCAGGGGACGCUGCGAGGAACCCUACAGCCACGAGGAUGAGUGCCACUGCGACUCCGACUGCUGGAGCCGCAACAGCUGCUGCUGGGAUUACCUGGAGCACUGCAGGGCGGGUGAGGAAGCGGUGCACAGACGUGGUGAAGAGCACUUCUCCAGCAGCCACGAUGCCAUCAGCGAUGAGGAGCUGCUCCACGUUUCCGAGCAGCUCUACGGGGCGGAUCACAACAAGGCUCAACCCAACGACAUCACCAUCAACCCACAGCACCGGGCUGCCCCCGACCAAACGGGGCUCCAGGAGGAUCGCUCCCCUGAGCCGCUCUAUGCAUACGUCAACGAGAAGCUCUUCUCCAAACCCACCUACGCCAGCUUCAUCCGUUUGCUGGACAACUACCAGAGGGCGACGGGCCGUGAGGAGGAGGUGACGGCCGAGGAGCUGCAGGAGCAGAACGUCUUCCUCCAGGAGGUGAUGAAGACGGAGCUCAUGAAGAAACUUUUUGCUUUCCUCCAUAAAAAAAAUCGUUACGGAUCCGAGGAGGAAUUCCUGCAGGAUCUGAAGGAGAUGUGGUUUGGGCUCUACUCCCGAGGUGAUGGAGAGAAGGAUUCCAGCGGCUUCGAGCAUGUCUUCUCAGGGGAGAUUAAAAAAGGGAAAGUGAGUGGAUUUCACAACUGGAUCCGCUUCUACCUCCUGGAAAAGCAGGGACUGGUCAACUACUUCAGCCACAACUUCGACGGGCCGUGGGACACCUACCCAGAUGUACUGGGGCUGCAGUUCAGCUGGGACGGCUUCUACAAGGAGGUGGGCUCCGCAUUCAUCGGCUGCAGCCCCGAGUUUGAAUUUGGCAUCUACACGUUGUGCUUCAUUGCCCGACCUGGGAGGGCAUGUCACCUGAGCUUGGGUGGCCACGGCGUCAGCAUCCAGACCUACACCUGGACCAAGUCCACCUACGGCUAUGGCAAGAAAUACAUCGCCACAGCCUAUGUCAUCUCACCCUGA